AUGCACUUUUCGACGAUACUCGUGGGGCUCACUUCUUUGGUGAUGCCCUCCAUUGCUCUUCCUCGUAAUACCCGAAGCGCUGCAGAAUACAAAUUCCCAGACCAUUGCUAUCCCAAUCCCUGUGCCGGAAUCACCUCCCAGAAUGACACCUAUGUUUGUGGUGACCCACGCUUGGGGCCUGUCCAGGCACCCAAGAAGUUCCCUCUAGACAACGAGCUCCAAAGCUACGAGCGCUUCGGCGGCCUGUGUCCCGCGACAUUCCUCGAAAAAUGGGCUGGCUCGACCGAUUCUAGUGCUUCAUACAAAUACCCGCCCGCCAACGGCUUUGUUAUCAACACUUCUGGGGACCCGAUCUUAGGCAAUGCCACGCUGGCUGUCGGUCAGAAAGUCGAUCGCUUCGGUUCCGAGUAUGGCAAGUUCCUUGCACCGCUGGGUGCACCCUUCAUCCAACGCGCACUGCCACCAAGCAACCUGAUUACCUAUGAUGGAGAUCAUCCGUUCAACUAUUAUGUUUAUGAAGUGACGAUAAGCUUCGUUGUGGGAAUGGGGCCUAUUGCGCCGUGGUUUGAGCAACCGGGUAUGGGUACUCAAUUCGUGACCUACAACAACGUCAAGGAACUCCUGGAAGGAGGAUAUCUGCGUCGCUUGACGCCAGAGGAAUACGAUGAGCCCCGAGAAUUUUCGGACGACUAUACCCCAGGCCCAUCCAGGGUCAAGCGCCAUUGA